GCAGUUAUAGAUUGCCUGGCAAACAGCCUCCAUAGAAGUUCAUGAUGAUGUCGGCUGUUUUCCCAUCUACGCGCAGUAUUCGGUAAAUAUUGCCGGGCCUCAGCAAAGGCUGCUGGCAAGACUGUCACACCCCGCACUAUCAAGUUGGAUACGUCACCUCUAGUCUCUGACUUAUCAGAAUUCCCCGGCACCGUAAGUACAAAACCAGUUUGAACAGGCUUUCACAUUUUAGUUCAUUCUCCUGUCGUCUUGUAGGAGGAACAGUCCCACUGCCGCUCUGGUUUCUGAGCGGUCAGAACAGAUUCGGAAACUAAAUUUGUUUAAAGAAUCUUUGUGGCGAGAUUGUUGGUAGGAUCAAAGCCGUUGACUACCACCACAAAACAUGCUACGCUGGCACGCUUGUUACCGCAGUGUUGUUGUGGUUUUUCUGGUGACUACUCUGGCAUCUGUCGGGGAUGGCAAGCGGCCACCGCGGAGCGUUGCUGGCCGCGUCCCGGGGUUACCGUCCUAUGUCACCGUGGACGGCUUCAACAUGGCUCGGGACGGACUGCGGCCCAUGUACACUGCACCGGACGAGACCUCACGGAUGCCUGGGAGAUACGUCGUUGUUAUGAAGGAGACGUCCGACAGUGACGCUGUCCAACACGUCAUGGGGAAGUACAAGUCCACGGUCCUCACGGCACAGAGCGAGGGGCGCAGGCGCGGACAUCCUGACGUCACAACCAUGUUUCACAUGACACCCGUUGCCAUGGAGAUGAACGUCCUGAAGGGGUUCAUCGCAGAAAUGACGCCUAACGACUUGCUGAUAAUGAGAACCAUGUCUGAUGUGGAGUACGUGGAAGAAGACCAGGUGUUUGAGAUGCAGCAGUCUGCGGUCCCCUGGCAUCUGGACAGAAUCGAUCAACAGGACCUGCCACUGGACGGACGGUUUAACACCCAGCCUGUCCCUGAAACCCCGGAAUGUCCUGCCGGAUACCAGCUGUUCGGUGACGCCUGCUACAAAGCCUUCGACGAGGCUAAAAACUACUCCACUGCGGAGGCGGCCUGCGCGACAGACGGGGGGAUUGUCGCUGAACCCCGGAACCCAGCUGUCAACGAUUUCCUCAGCAAGAUAAAGACGUCACUCAACCCGUUUGCAAAAUUUUGGCUCGGGCUUACAGAUAGAGAGAAGGAGGGAACGUGGAGAUGGAACGAUGGAGAAGAACUGGACGGAAACUCCUUCACGAACUGGGCCGAUGGGGAGCCUAACCAGGCCGGCAAUGAGUACUGCGCUGUUGUUGAGGCUGACUCUAAAUGGAACGACGUUUCCUGUCGGUUGAGCUACAGAUUCAUCUGUCAGCGUCCAGCCCUUGACGGUGCUAGUGUUGAUGUGUACAUCGUCGACUCCGGGAUUCGCUACUCUCACGAGGAAUUUGAAGGUCGCGCUGACUGGUCUGGCUUCGACGCCUUUGAUGCCGACGGCUCGAACAAGGGCAAUGACCUAUACGGUCACGGGACACAUGUUGCCGCUCUUGUGGGCGGCAAAACGUUCGGCGUGAACCCGAGAGUUCUGUUGAGAAGCGUGCGGGUUCUCAACCACAGGGGCCGAGGCUCAAUGCUCUCUGUGCUUGGCGGAAUCAACCACAUCUACGACAACAUCACAGCAAACAGUCCAGCCCGCGGGGUCCUUGUUAUGUCCCUGUCUUCUAAAGGAGUAACACAAUCGGUCAACGAGGCCUCCCGACGGUUGGUACUGCAGGGUCUCCCCGUGGUGGUGGCGGCGGGGAACGCCGGGGAUGACGCGUGUAACCGCUCUCCUGCAGGGGAAGCUGAGGUAAUCACAGUCGGCGGCACAAGGAAAACUGACCACCUGUACGAUCAUGUGAGUGGCGCCACUGCACACGGAAGCUGCGUUGACAUCUUCGCCCCUGCGCAGGAGGUGUUGAGCGCAGGCGCGGAGUGCGACAGCUGCAGCGAAAUUCGGAGCGGGACGUCAAUGGCAGCACCCAUAACCGCCGGUGUGGUGACGAAACUGCUGUCACGUGACCCGAGCAUGACGCCUGCGCAGAUCCGCAUGGCGCUCCUGUCCGCUGCGGCGUCGGACAAACUGGACUUUUCCUCACUGUCUAAAGACUCGCUAUUCAAGACACCCAACAAACUAAUCCAACUUCCUACAGUGCCAUUGGAGGAAACAGCGGGGUGUAGAACGGUGUGGUCGGUAAAAUCCGACCCAGAGAAAGGCUCUCCAGUGGCCGCGGCUUGUAACGUGAACGAGACUCUGCUGAGCUGUUCCUCUGUUACUGACGGCGUCCAUACCGGUGGGUUUCCGGAAUUCACGAACGGCAGACAAAUUUGCGUCGCUAACAACGGGGAGGAUGGUUCCAGUGUUUACGCACUUGCGCGCUGUUGCGUAUUACCAGGCAGUCCCAAGUGCUAUGUGAGGUCUGAUGGUACGUUAUUCAGCCUAGCCCCUCGCGGCGCCAAAGCCUCUUUAAGGUGUGACCGAAUACCAGGACAUGUCCUAACAGGAUGCAGCGUGUCCAGAGACGGCAGUCCGGUGGAUGGCGUCUUCCCCUUCCAUGUCCGCUAUGGUCCUGAGAGGCCGUAUCGGUGCAUCGCCCGGAACAGAGGCGGGGGGAGCGGGAUGGAGGCACACGCCUUCUGUUGUCAAGGAGGUAACAUGAACUGCUGGGCAAUCAGGUCAAUUGGGCAGGGCGGUGAGGUAAGCACAAAACUCUUGAGCCUUCUCUUUUUAUUUCACUGUAACUCCGAGGGAGUGUACCUUUGCUUUUUGGCUUUGCCAGUGUGUAUGUGUGUAUGUGUGUGUGUGUAUGUGCCUUUACAUAUAAAAUGGACAUAGUCUC